AUGAGCAUCUCAAGAGGAAUAUAUUUUCACCUUCCUGGUAUUUGGAGCAUUGUGUUGAUAACGUUGGUCUUAACGUGUGUGUGUGGGACACCGUGCGACCCCCGGGAUUGUAUCGUAAGUGACUGGGGCCACUGGACCGAGUGUUCUCAGAGUUGUGGUGAGGACGGUGUGGCAGAGAGGACGCGGCGCGUGCUUCAAGAAGCAGCAUGUGGUGGAAUCUGUGACGUCAACGUUACUGAGACCGACGAGUGUAAUAGAUGGUGCUGUGCCCAGGAUUGCCGUUAUUCCGCUUGGUCAGCCUGGUCUAACUACUUAUGUUCACGUGAAUGUGAUAAUACCACACAGAGAGCACAUAGGAAGAAGACACGCGACAUCAUAGCAACUGAGAAAUGUGGCGGCUAUUGCAGCCAGGUCGUCCAUGAGCGACAGUGUGGUAAUCUGUGUUGCUAUCGGGACUGCGUGGAAAGUUGGUGGAUGGAAUGGGGACCAUGUGUUGGUCAGUGUGAGCAGAAAGGUGUCCAAUCAAGGAGGAAACGAAUCACACAGGAAGCGGCAUGCGGGGGCAUCCCCUGCUCUGAAUCCUCGGAGGAAAGACAAUGCUAUGUAGGUUGUUGUCCAGUCCACUGUGAGGUAGGGGAGUGGGGUGAAUGGUCCGUGUGUAAUUCCACCUGUGGGAAUGGUCACUUGUAUCGGUCAAGAUUUGUCCAGCCAGCCGAUUGCGGAGGACGGUCAUGCCCGGAUCCCACCGAGUUACAAAUCUACGAGUGUUCCAACUAUGUUGACAUAGACUGCGUGGUUAGUAUCAAAUAA